GACACCGCUAAGGCUUUUGGGCGGAGCCUGGGCCGGGGAGCUCCAGAGCCAGAGAUUUCACAUCGGAAAUAAAACAGCCGCUGCUCACGAAAGAACCUCGGGUGCGAGCGGGCGGCGGCGGCGGCGGCGAGGAAGGAGUAGACCUAAUCUGGGAAGGAGUCUGCAAGUGAUAGCCGGCGAGGUCCUUAGAAAGCUUGGCCUGGAGGAGAACACAUGAAAGAAAGGACCCCAAGAGGCUUUGUUUUCUGUGAAAAGGUGUUUCUGUACAGUUGCUCCGAUGACAGAGUUACCUGCACCCUUGUCCUACUUCCAGAAUGCACAGAUGUCCGAGGACAACCACUUGAGCAGUACUGUACGUAGCCAGAAUGACGGUAAAGACCGGCAUGAGCACGGCAGCGAAAGGCGGAGGCGGGGCAACCCUGAGCCGUUGUCUAAUGGAGGACCCCAGGGUAACGCACUGCAGGUGGUGGAACAAGAUGAAGAAGAAGAUGAGGAGCUGACACUGAAAUAUGGCGCCAAACAUGUGAUCAUGCUCUUUGUCCCCGUGACUCUCUGUAUGGUGGUAGUGGUGGCUACCAUCAAAUCAGUCAGCUUUUAUACCCGGAAUGAUGGGCAGUUGAUUUAUACUCCGUUCACAGAAGACACCGAGACUGUGGGCCAGAGAGCCCUGCACUCGAUCCUGAAUGCUGCCAUCAUGAUCAGCGUCAUUGUUGUCAUGACCAUUCUCCUGGUGGCUCUGUACAAAUAUAGGUGCUACAAGGUCAUCCAUGCCUGGCUUAUUAUUUCAUCUCUAUUGUUGCUGUUCUUUUUCUCAUUCAUUUAUUUGGGGGAAGUGUUUAAAACCUACAACGUUGCCAUGGACUACAUCACUGUUGCACUCCUGAUCUGGAAUUUUGGCGUGGUGGGAAUGAUCGCCAUUCAUUGGAAAGGCCCUCUGCGACUCCAGCAGGCCUAUCUCAUCAUGAUUAGCGCCCUCAUGGCCUUGGUGUUUAUCAAGUACCUCCCAGAAUGGACUGCGUGGCUCAUCUUGGCGGUGAUUUCAGUAUAUGACUUAGUGGCUGUUUUGUGUCCAAAAGGCCCACUUCGUAUGCUGGUUGAAACAGCUCAGGAGAGAAAUGAAACUCUAUUUCCAGCUCUCAUUUACUCCUCAACGAUGGUGUGGCUGGUGACUAUGGCGAAAGGAGACCCAGAAGCCCAAAGGAAAGUAUAAAACUCCAAUUAUAAUACACAAGGCACAGAGAGGGAGCCCCAAGACCCCGUGGCAGAGAAUGAUGAUGGUGGCUUCAGUGAAGAGUGGGAGGCCCAGAGGGACAGCCGCCUGGGCCCCCACCACUCUACGACGGAGUCGCGAGCUGCCGUGCAGGAGCUCUCCAGCAGCAUCGUCGCCAGCGAGGACCCAGAGGAAAGGGGAGUGAAACUUGGAUUAGGAGAUUUCAUUUUCUACAGUGUUCUAGUCGGUAAAGCUUCUGCAACAGCCAGUGGAGACUGGAACACAACCAUAGCCUGUUUUGUGGCCAUAUUAAUUGGCCUGUGCCUUACAUUACUACUCCUCGCCAUUUUCAAGAAAGCGCUGCCAGCUCUUCCCAUCUCCAUCACCUUCGGGCUGGUUUUCUACUUCGCCACAGAUUACCUUGUGCAGCCCUUUAUGGACCAGUUAGCAUUCCAUCAAUUUUAUAUUUAGCGGAUUUGUGAUUAGACUCCCAUGGAUUUUUCUCCUUUAACUAUAAUAAAACCUGGAAGGACAAACUUGAUUUUCCUGUGUCCACACCUAACAAAGUCAAGAUUGCCAGCUGGAUUUUUUGCAGCUUCCUUCCAAGUCUUCCCGACCACCUGCACUACUGGGUACUGGAAGGAGGUGUCUACAGAAAACGGUUCUGAACACACAUUGCUGUGGUGGACGGAGUCCCUUGGUGCAGAGACCACCAGACCUGCGGGACAAGGCCGAGGAAAAGCGAUGGGCCGAGGCGCCGCCGUGCUGCCACCCGCAGGCUGACGCUUGGCCCAUGCGGCUUCCGUCAGCACUGCAGACUCUCAGGACUACCGUUACCAAGGUUCAAUGAAGGGGUUUAAACCAAACAGGACUCAUCAUCUUAAA